AAGGCAACGGCGAAAAUGGCGGCGAGCAACAGGAAUACCUGAAAGGUCUGAAAUGUUAGCUAUAUCCGAUCGAGCCGAUUUGACUCUUAUUUGGGGAACACUUGCCAAAGUCUACAAUUCAUUAAUCACUUUAAUGGCUUUCGAAUGCGACUAUAAACAGAACAGCUGGCUGGCAAACGCUCUAAGCCUUUUGAAAGCAGUUCGGGCAUAAGUCCAAUAGCAAUACCAAUUAAGUAUGCAAUAAGCGUACCAAAAUUUUUGCUUCUCCGUCUGCCUGACUGGGCUUGAAGCCACCAAGCCACCAAGCCACCAAGCCACAAAUUUGCGCCGAAGGUCAGUUCUAUUUAUUAUUGUGACGAGUGCUGCUGCCGGUUACGCUUAAUGAGAUUGCGAUAAGAAGUCAUUAGAAUGCGCCGAAGGAAACUCUCCGACAGUAAAAACUAUGAAAACUAUCGGACAGAUGAUUGGGAAUUUUGAGCAGAACAAAGUGGUCAUAAAUCUGAGCAAAACAAAUGACAAACUGAAUAUAAUAGGGGUACAUGCAUACAUACAUAUAUAGUAUGUAUGUAUGUACAUACAUAAGACAUGAGGAUGAUUUUGCUUUCGGGGUAUAAAUAGCCGCCGCUGCCUAAGGUACAGCAUCAAAACAAAACUUGGAAGUCUCUAAUCAACACCGCAAAUAAACAACUUUGUCAAAAUGUUCAAGCUCUUGGUUGUGCUCUUCGCUGCCCUCUUCGCCGUUGCCCUGGCUGUACCAGCGCCAGCUCCACGCGCCGCCCCCGCACCUGUGCCUCUGCCAGUGGCCAGUCCUGAGCCCGCCCCACAGUUCUACUAUGGCAGUCCCUACGGCUACUCCGGCUACUCCUCCGGCUACUACGCCUCCCCCUACUCGUACUACGGCUAAGUGCAUGCGCCAAAGAUUAAAAUGAUGACAGCAAUUACAACCAACCGGCAAAUGGAAGCCUGAUAAUGGACUUGGAAAAUGCGCGCUGGCAAUUCUAAUUAGGUUUUAGCUAUAAAUGCUUAUAAAAAUGCAAAAAAAAUUAAUAAAAUGUGUUAAAAAAGCAA